UGUUUACUUCCUUGUGCUUCUCAAAAGGGUUUUUUUCUAGUGCUGGAAAUUUCAUGAAGAUGAUCUGGAGAGACCUCAUCCAGAGACUAAUUUUCAUUUCACUUACUGGACUUGGAGUUUUAGGGAACAUCAUCUUAUUUGUGAGACAUGUGUAUACUUUCAUGGGUCCUCAGAGAAAAAAUGUAGAUGUUAUGCUCAUUCACUUGGCUUUUGUGAACAUAAUCAUUAUUCAUUGCAUAGGGGUCAGAGACAUAGCCACAAUUUUUUAUUUCAGAAACUUCCUAGGUGACAUUGGUUGUAAAACUAUAAUUUACCUAGAAAGGGUUGCCCGUGGCCUCUCUAUCUGCACCACCUGUCUCCUCAGUGUGGUCCAGGCUGUCACCAUCAGUCCCAGGACAAUCCUUUGCAGAAAGCUCAAACCACAGACUGCAUGGCAAGUUCUUCCCUUUCUCCUCCUCUUUUGGAUCUUUAAUUCCCUGAUAAGCUCCAACUUGCUUCACUAUAUCACAGCAGCCAGCAGCACAAACAGGUCUGAAGUCGGGAUGUAUACCGGGUAUUGCUGCAUGCUGCCAUCCACACACACAGUGAGGUGGCUUUUCCUCUCUCUCAUGGCUCUUCGUGAUGUCGUUUUUCAGAGUCUCAUGGGCUGGAGCAGUGGGUCUAUGGCUCUCCAUCUGUAUAAACAUCACGUACGUGUCCUGUACCUUCACAGUUCCAGGUUUGCAAAUGAUUCCAGGCCAGACAUCAGAGCUGCCCUUAGAGUUCUCACUCUCAUGGCCUGUUUCCUUUUCUUUUACUGGGCAGAUUUCAUUUUCUCCUUCUACACAGGCUCCACAGUGACACACGAUUCCACAAUACUCAACAUCAAAGCAUUUUUAGUUCUUAGUUAUGCCGUUCUCAGCCCUUUUAUCCUGAUCAUCAGGGACGUCCCUGUUGCUAAGCACUGCCGUGUCCCCUGA